GUGGCUGCGGCUGUCAACCUGCCUCUGCUCCUGUUGUUCUUGGCGCUAGCUAGCUUGGAUCAGCUGUGUAUCUUUCAGUAAUGACUUCUACAUUAACGUUACUCUACCUCAGUGGCAAUUAGUCAGUCAUAUUACGUAGCUAUAACGUUAACUGUUGAAGGCAAUGGGGCUACCACAAAGCUCGUUUUUGUCAGAUGGGGGAACUUGUAGUGGAUAUCAUGUCCACGGGGUUCAAGAGGACUCCCCAGCUCUGAGGGCUGGUCUGGAGCCCUUCUUUGACUUCAUUCUCUCUAUAGGAAAUACCAGACUUAAUAAAGAAAGUGACUUGCUGAAAGACCUUCUAAAGGCCAAUGUGGAGAAAGCGGUCAAACUUGAAGUGUACAACUCUAAAACUCAGCGGGUGAGGGAACUGGAGGUGAUACCCAGUAACAUGUGGGGUGGUCAGGGUCUGCUGGGCGCUAGUGUCCGCUUCUGCAGCUUUGAAGGAGCCAAUGAGAACGUUUGGCAUGUCUUGGAUGUGGAAGCCAGUUCUCCUGCAGCGUUGGCUGGCCUUAUUGCUCACGAUGAUUUCAUUGUGGGAGCUGACCAGGUGUUACAAGAUUCAGAGGAUUUCUUUUCUUUGAUUGAAGCCAACGAGGGGAAACCUCUGAAGCUGCUGGUGUACAACACACAGACUGACAAUUGCAGAGAGGUAGUGGUGACUCCAAAUGGAGCAUGGGGAGGAGAGGGAAGCUUAGGCUGUGGCAUUGGCUAUGGCUACUUGCACAGAAUCCCAACUCGUCCAGCUCACCCUAACAGCCAAAACAAAAAUGUUCUGCAGUCUACAGCGAUUGACAGCAGCGAUGAGCCGGUUGCAAGCGACCACACUGAGGCGCGUUCAGUGGAUGCAUGGAGCCCCUCUAGCAUCGGUGAAAUAGAUUUGCAUCAAGUCGAAGGAGCUGUGAAGGACUUGUGUGUAUCCUCGUCUACUCAGCUAGCUGUGGACUUAGAUAUUUCCAACACAACCGAAGCGAUGACUCCAGACUUGUCAGACAUGGUUUCCACCAAUGACAUGGGCCAGAGCUCCAUGUUUGUUAAUUACGGGGAUGACUCUGGAGAUCAGUGUAGCUUUGAUACCUCAUCUGUUGACCAAAGACCUUCCUCUCCAGAGAGGGAAGAAGACUCAGACAUCCAGGAGACCGAGCCGGAGGGUGUUAUUGACCGGGUCACUACUACUUCUCCGAGCAGAGAGACUGCGGAUUACCUUACAGGCCUUGAAGUCACCACAGAGAACCUGAGUGACGCGAGUAUCCCAGAGGUGCAAAAAACUAGUUCUGAGCCCUUAAGCUCAGAGAAUACAAUGGAGGAAGAGACAUGGAAGACUGCUGCAUGUGACAGUUAAGAAGACCAGAGUAUAAGUAACCUGUUUAACUCCUAACUGACGCUAGUUGCAUUAGAGGAGAUUUAGAGCACACUAGGAAACAGAAAGCUUCCCUUAUGAAUGUAGUUUGCAUCACUGGAGCCAUGUUUUCAUUUCUAAGAGUUUAAUUUAUAUCCAGGUUUCAUUGCUGCAUGUUGAAUUGCACAUUUAAGAGAGAUAGUAUGUUGACUGGAAAUAUGGUUAAUACAAUAUGAAUGUACUCUUUAAUUUAGGCAUUCUGUAUGUCUCGACUUCAUGCAGCAUGGUGCCUUAGUGGAGUCUUAGAUGCUGUUAAAAGUCAUCCUAGUUUGCACUAAAAAGCCAAAGGGGAAUUAGGGCUGGGCAAUAAUUCAAUAUGAUAAAUGUAACUUUCGAUGGAAUCCUAUUGUGAUGAAAUCCUAUAUCGAGAUAUACAAUUACAGUGUCUAAAUUGGUAAUAACAAGCACAUACUAACUCAAUUUUCACAUAAAAUCUGUUGUGAAACAUUUUGAGGUAAUAUCAUUUGAAGAUUAGCAAAUUUGUUUUAACAUCACACUUUUUUUUUGGAUGCAUGUCAACAUAGUAAGUAUAUAAUUUCACUUGAAACUGUUUACCACAUUAUUAAUGACAAUCUAAAAUCUCAUUCUAAAAAAUAUUUUGUGGAGGCACCAAUUGUCAAUCCUACAAUAUUGUCGCAAUAUCGGUAUCCAUGUAUUUGGUGAAGAAUAUCGUGAUAUCUGAUAUUCUCCAUAUCGCCCAGCCCUAAGGUGAAUAAUAUGUUCUCACCAUUAUAACCUGCAGAAUGGUUUGUAACACUGUUAGAAAAAGAAAGUUUGAUCUAAAGUUCCCACAGAUUCAUCAUGUGAUUUAAUUUUUUCAUAUUUUGGAAUUUUAGGUGGAUGUUUUUAUUUUUAAGAGUACACCUGAAAAAUAUUUUUGAAUCUCAGGCAGUUACCAUUUUAAGCCUCUUUGCCUUACGUCUCAUUUUAAACACCCGCCUUUCUUAUGUGUAGGUUUGCCUUUUUAUUGGUGUAAAUGAGUGAGCCGUGUUUGAUGCAGCUCUGUGAUUGUUUUCUGUUUUUUCUCUUUCUAUGGAUUUUAAUUAAAUUAUGUUUCAGAUUUUUAUGGAUGGACAAAGAUAUUCAAAUAUUCAUGAAAAUAAGAUGAUCAAGAUAAACCUG